UAGAUUGUGUGUGUGUAGAGUUGUGUGUGUGAGUGUUUUAGAGAUGGAAAGCACCUCACGUACUUAAACCCUGGUUUAUCCUUCUUACAAACCUGUCAGUCCUACAGCCUUGUUGGAUGGAGUUCACACUGCCAUCAAAAUGUGGAAGCGACACUUUCAGAUAAUUUCAAUUGCUCUCCUAAGUUUCUCUGUUAUAAUACACGGAGAAUAUUCAGACAACACUUCUGUGCUCAGCAACUGUCACGUGACUAUCAACGUAUCAAGUUGGUUUAUAAGCGGAUCCUGCUUUGUGUCGAGUACCUUUCAUGGGUAUCAGUGUUACUGGAUUCGUGAGCAGGAACGUAGUAAAGAUGUCUUGCCCAAAACAUUAAAGAAGCAAAACAAUGGAGACCAAUACACUGGGAUAUGUUCAUUCCGUUCAUCUUUACCGAAGGAAGGAAAAUACAGAUACUACAUCUUUAGCGAGCCACAACCUACCAAUCCUUAUUCCUACAAUAUGAUUAUAAGUGAGUUGAUAAACUUUACCAAAGUAUGA